AUGUCAAGUCGGCACCAUGUACGUCCACGUCGCAUCGAUGACGCCCUUUCGCAGCUUGUCGACUCUCUCGCUCCCCCACUGCCUCCGUCCGCCGUCACCGACGAAUAUUCGGACGACGCCGAAGAAGCCCUAGCUGCAGCGGAGGAGCAAUAUCACCAACGCCUCCUCGACCAUGCGUGGCGUACUAUAGACAGCCAUGCAAACUUAGCCGACAACCCAGCUGCACCGUCUGGGAGUUUGGGUAUUGGCCGCCGAGGAAGCCUAACGGGUGCAACAGGGGCAGAGAGUAUCAAUAACGCGGCGGAUAUGAUUAAGCGGAAGCUGCUACGCGAAAAUGAAAGUCCCGAUAAGGCUGUCCGGUUCUCGAAUCUCUAUUCGCGUCUGUUGACGCAGCCUGUGCUGUCGCAGAAAUGGGGAAUACUAUACUUACUCUAUCGACUAUCGAGGACGGAGAACGCUGAGAGCUUCACAUACGACGAUGAAAGGCCACGCAGUCCGCUGAUGGACCAGUCCAAAUUACAAAGAAUGCUUGUAAAGGAGCAAAGAAUGGGGGGCAGGGUGGCGGCGAGUUCGGAGGAUGAUGGCCCAGCCGUUAGCUCAUCAGCAUCUCAGAUGGCUGCGCGGGUCGAACGGAAGGCUUCACUGCGGCGAACAGAGGACAAGGAAAGGGAAAGGAAUCGAGAUGCGGAGCAUGGAUCUGCGCCGGAGCGGCUGCGCAUGAGUCGUCAAAACGAACCCUUUGACGGACAUGGAGAGGAAAAGAAUGAAGAGCAGGAAAGGAUGACACAAUGUGGUGAAUCAGGACUUUUGCGUGACUUGCCUUUCAACCUACAGGGUCUGUCCUCAUCUGAUAUGCAGUUCAUGUCAACUUCUACACUCAAGUUACCUCCGACACUACCUCUUCCUAUGGUGUCUCUCCUAAAUACGCUAGCUGAGCCGUGUCUGCUAUAUCGCGGUCUUUCUGCUUUUGUUGAAAGCAGUGACGGGGGUCUCGUCAGUCAGAGUCUGCGGGCAGCUCUUUCGAAUGAACUUCGUUCUUACCUAGGAUUGGUAGCGACGCUCGAAGGUGAGAUUCGCAGGGCGCUGGCUGCGCCUGAAGAAUCGCCUGGUUCUAAAAGUGGUGUGACGUUGAAAAGAUGCGUUGUUUGGACACGAGAUGCGACUAUGGCGUUGCGUUUGAUGAGUUUAAUUGUUGAGGAGGCUCAGAAAAAACUUCUCACGCACGUAACGAAGCCGUUCUACGGUAUGUUGCGGCUCUGGAUUUACGAUGGCGAGCUCUCAGACCCGUACAAAGAGUUCUUCGUCGUGGAACCGGAGGUCAGGCCUAGUACAGAUCCACGACGCAUUGCAACUAGUGUAUGGGAGGACAAAUACAAACUCGAAGACGAUAUGGUGCCUUCGAUCAUUACCAAGGAAUUCGCUAAAAAAGUAUUCCUUAUUGGAAAGUCUCUUAACUUCAUCCGAUAUGGCUGUGGCGAUUCUGGUUGGGUGGAGGCGUACUCGAAGGAGGCCUCCAAAGAGCUGCGUUAUGGUGACACGGCCAGUCUCGAGACCUCAAUUGAUGAAGCAUAUAAGACAACAAUGGCACGAUUAAUCCACCUAAUGGACGAAAAAUUCAAGCUAUUUGAUCACCUUCAUGCGCUAAAGAAGUAUUUGCUGCUGGGCCAAGGCGACUUCAUCGCUUUACUCAUGGAAUCAUUGGCAUCAAAUCUUGAUCGUCCCGCAAACUCACAAUACCGUCACACGCUGACUGCACAGUUGGAACAUGCUAUCCGCGCUUCUAAUGCACAAUAUGACUCGCAAGAUGUCCUUCGACGUUUGGACGCCCGUAUGCUCGAGCUCAGUCAUGGCGAGAUCGGUUGGGAUUGUUUCACUCUUGAAUACAAGAUCGACGCACCAGUGGAUGUGGUGAUUACACCAUGGGGCUCUACGCAAUAUCUCAAAGUCUUCAAUUUCCUAUGGCGCGUGAAGCGCGUCGAGUUCUCCUUGGGCAGCACAUGGCGACGUUGCAUGACUGGCGCCAGAGGGGUCCUAGGCAGCGUUGACGACAAAGUUGGCGCUGAUUGGAAGCGUGCACGAUGCGUCAUUGCGGAGAUGAUUCAUUUUGUCUGCCAAUUACAGUACUAUAUCCUCUUCGAAGUCAUUGAGUCCAGUUGGGAUCAACUGCAGGCGUCUAUUUGCAAGCCGGGGUGUACGCUUGACGACCUAAUAGAAGCUCAUACCAAGUACCUCAACUCUAUCACACACAAGGGUCUUCUAGGCUCAUCCUCAACAAAGACUACUGGCAAGCAGGAAGAAGGCUUCCUAGCUCAGCUACAUCACAUUUUAAAAAUAAUGCUGGCCUACAAGGACGCGGUUGACGGAUUGUACUCGUUUUCUGUCGCAGAAUUCACUCGACGGCAAGAGCUAAGCGCAAAGAUUGAGACGCGCACUGCCCAGGGUCAGUGGGGAGUCUCAGAGCGCGACCUCCUUUCUUCCCGACACAGCCAGGCACAAAGGCUCGCCUCCGCAUCCUCGUCAUUUUCUAUCACACCAAAUGUCGGAUCUGGAGCCGAUGGAGUCGCUACGCCUUCUUCUCUUGCAAACCACGACCUCUCCGCGGACGACCAUAUGCUUCCAUCCCUCCGAACUCGCCUCCGUGACCUCUCAGUGGAGUUUCGUUCACGGUUGAACGUCCUCCUCGGCGACCUCGCCUACCAGCCUGACGUAGAUAUGCGAUUUUUGGGUGUCGUUAUGAACUUUAACGAAGUCUAUGAGCCUGUGCGGAGACGAAGAGCCACAGGUACUAGCUCUCGAGAUAAAGAGCGGGAGCGGGAGCGAGCAAGGCGGAAAGCACCACCACAAUCAGGAGGCACAGAGACGCAAUCUCAAGCGAAAAAGGAAAAGAAGGAUUCGACUGAGCAAUAG